GUUUGGAGCCAUGAAUGGGCACAGGUUUGGAUUGUUUUCCUAGCCAUAAUGGGAGCUGCUGAUCAGAAAGAUGAAGAAGGUGCUGAGGCUGGAGAAAGACACACCUUGCCUUACUGGAGCGGAUCUGUUUUGGAUUUCUGCUGGGUUGAACAUCUCCGCAGACUGGCUGGGCUUGUGAAGAUUGAUGAAAUUAGUCGCACUUGGGCUUUCUGGAAAUUCUGGGCUCACUUCCCAUCUGCCAGCAAACUGGGUUACAAAGUUCCUGAUCACGAAGAAUAGGCCUUGUAUUCUGACUUCUUAUCCAGAAAUAACUGUGAAAUUAGCACAAACUCUUCUGAAAGCGCAAGUGCAUUGGAAAUCUGCACAUGUUGCUACAAAUAUUGUAAUGUUUUACAGAUGUACUGUGUAAUUAAAACAUUCAGACACUUAA